AUGGAAACGUGUAAGUCCAGAACAAGUUCUGCUUCAUCUCGGACCCCAAAAAUUGAAAGAAAAUUUGUCGAGAAGGACAGAAGAAAUCGGAUGAAGACUCUCUACUCUAACCUCCUCUCCAUCCUCCCAGAUCAUGGCUACAAGAAGGCGAUGAAUUUACCUGAUCAAGUAGAUGAAGUUGUGGCAUACAUCGAGAACUUGAAGAUUAAUGUGGAGAAGAUGAAGAGGAAGAAGGAGUUCUUGUUGGCAAGAAAAAGACCCAAUUCUUGUAUUACAAGUGAAAUUCAAGCCUACACACAGACUUCAACGCCAUUUGUUGAAGUUCACAAUAUGGGACCAAAUAUGGAUGUUAUUUUUGUUAGUGGACUAGAUGAUUUAUCAAAAUUUUACAGCAUACUUCACUUGCUUCAUGAAGAUGGUAUCGAAGUUGCCAAUGCAAAUUUUUCCUUACAUGGAAAUUCCACUAUCCAAACUCUCCAUGACAAGGUUGGGAAGUCAAGAAUGGGAGUCGGAGCCACGACAAUGUCAAGAAGACUCAAGGAUUUGAUUUGUGGAUCCACAUGCAGCGAAGUAGAGUCAUUUGAUUUAUGGGAUUCUGAUUUCCAAUCAGAUAUUUGCGGAUUUGGAAUUCAAGAAUUAUUUGAACCUUACACGAGUUGGAAUGUUGGCUAUGGUUAUGAAAACAUGUGA